AUGGCCAGCGAAGUCACCGCAGCGGGUCCUUCGGACCUCAGGGAGCCGCUCCUGCCGCCGGAGAACCAGGCGGUGGAGCCGCGCCAGAGCGUGCAACUGAUGCGCCCCCCCGCCGGCGAGUUCGACGCGGACCGGGAGCCGGCGUUCAGCAAGGGCGCGCCGAAGCAGUACUUCGCGAACGAGCGGACCUUCCUGCGAUGGAUAGCGCAGGCCGUCUACCUCGGCUCGAUAUCCGCGGGGCUCGUCGGGUACGCGGCGUACAGCCACCACAAGGCGUCGGACAUCACCCGCAAGAACGUGUGGGCGCGGGGGGUGUCGCUGGCGACGCUGGGGGUGUCGAUCGUCAUCAUCAUGUACGCCGCGCGCAUGUUCUUCCUGCGCGACCAGGCCAUGGCGCGCAACGUGCGGUCGGAGAAGCUGUUCGCGGACUACAGGGGGCCGGGGGUGUUUGGCGCGACCGUCAUCGUCACGCUUAUGACUAUGUUCCUCGCAGCGGUGGCGCAGAUGGCCAAGCAGGUGUGA